UGGCUUGGGAAGUGGUCGUUCUUUGCGCUACUAUCAUCAUUAAGAAAGCAGAAGCAAAUAUGGCGGCCGACAGCAAAAAAGACGCGCAGGUCUCCACAGUGCUACCUCUGCAUGACAGGGUGAUGCAAGUUGUAGAUAAGCAAGGUCAGCAAAUUCAAGUUCCAGCUUUGAGUAAAGGUUUUGUGGAACCAGUCUACUGGCUCAAGUACAGACCUCCACGAGUAAUCUUCAGCUUUGACGAGCUGAUGUCCAUCUGUGCCAACGAAGUCCAAGACCUGGCUGAAAAGCACAGUGCAGCAAUCGAGGAGUGGUUGGAACGCAUGGCGUACAUUGAAGAAGACUUGACGAAGAUGCUGCGGAUACCUCAUAAUCGGUUCUGGUCUCAUGCCAUGUAUGAUGACGGUUUUCAUCAGCUGCUUGAGUCGUACCUGCGGCUGGCGCCAAGGUACACAGGGCUGCACCGGUACACCAUCACCAAGCAGAUGCAGGAGGCCGACGAACGAGUGCAUAAGUUGGUGUUCCGAGCCUACCUUCGUCUUUCCACGAAUAAAGAGUCCAAGGUCAACUUCAUUGACAAGGAAAAGUUUGCAGAGCUAAUCUACGAAAACUUCAUCUUUGACAUUCCUAAGAUCUUCGACAUCUGUGUAAUGUUUGAGAGAGCAAACCACGACUUGGUUUGCCGCAUGGUGGAACACAUCAUGAACUGCCAGCCAAAGUACAGCUCAGACCUGAAGGACAUCGAGGACACCAUGCUCAUGGCUUUUGAGAGGGCAGAGCAGUCCAUUCAGUCCCAGGAUGACAGUGACUUUGAGGCCAUGCCACGGCGCCUGGACGAGGGCAAGGCAGAGUUUUCAGAGCUGUGCCUUAUGCCUUUCUGGAAGCUGCUUGAACGUAUCACAUAUACAGUGGACAUUGCUGCUGCCUUGGCAACAUUUCUCAACGUCUACCCGACAGCCGCCAAGAUCUUCACCCUCGAAAAUGUGGGGCCAAGGUUAGCAAGGUUUUUUGAUGCCACCUUUCCUGUACUGAAAGAGGAGCUUGUACGUCGGAACGGGUUGAAGUCUUUUGAACCGGUGUUCUCAAUGAUCAAGAAGCGGCUGUCAUAUGCCAAGUUGUGUGUGCUGAAAGUCUUCCGCUCCUUGCUUCAGCAAUCCUGCCUGCAGCCACUCAUUGAGAUUGGACAAGAGAAGCAGUCUGGAAAAGAGAUUCCCUACAUCGAGUCUUUCUUUGAAGUCAUCUGUGACUGCUUGACGGAGAAACAUUUUAUAGUUUCCUACCAGCAGCGAUACCCAGUCGAAGAAGAUAUUGGAAUGUUUGAGCAGUACAACUUCUAUGUAGACAACACGCGAACCCUCUACGUCCUUCAGAGCAUCAGCGCCAUCUACACUGAGCUGGGCAGUGCUCCGCCCAGCAACCUUUUGAAUGCCCAGGAUGCGGCGACCAACCCAAGGCAAACAGCCAAAGUUCCUGCAUUCCAAACCACUAAUGGGGCCAUGGCAGCAGCUGCUGAGCCCAGCAAGGCUGGUCCAGCAGAAGAAGAGCUAGGGGCUUGUGGUGGGGAACCACCAGCAGUACUAUCAUCGGAAAUGCUAAACCUGACAGAACUCUUCCCAGAUCUCUCACCGGCAUUCCUAAAGGAAUGCCUGAAGUACUACAGCAACAACCAUGAUGAAGUGGUGAUGGCACUGCUGGACAAUAACCUGCCACCUAGUCUUAGUCUACCUACUGCUUCCACAUCUGCACCUGCGCCACUGGAACUUGAGCCUAGAAGUAUUUAUGACAAUGAUGAGUUUGACAUCUUGAGAAGAAAUGACGUGGACAUGUCAAAAGUUCACAUCGGGAAGAAGAGCAAGACACCUAAGUCAUUAGAUGAUAAAGGCCACGACAAGGUGUUAAAGGAGGUGUACGAGAAGUACAGCAUAGUUCAAGAUGUAGUGGAUGGCGAAGGUGUCUACGAAGAUGAAUAUGAUGACACCUACGACAGCAACGACGUGGGUCUCGAGGAGCCAGCACCCGAAGGCGAGCUGUCCUCACGCAGGGCGUUCACUACUCCGAGAGUAUUGGAGCAAAAAUCAGGCAGAAGGCACAAAGAAAAUCGAUAUGAAGACAAAGAGCCAGACAGCGAGAAAGAGGAGGCUGCACCACGUGACCAGUUUGUUGCGAACCCAGCGGAAAUUCGGGCUCAGAGGGAGAGGCGGUAUCAAGAGAAGAUGGAGCGCUCAGGUCAUGCGCCUCGCAGAAGGGAUGUAAAAGGUGGACCAAAGGGCCAGGGCCAGUCCCGAGAUGUGGUCCAGGACAGACAGUUCAAGGAGAGGCACAAGUCAUCCUUUACGCACAACCAGAGGUCUCAAGCUGACUACAAGCGCAGCCGGGGCAUGUACUCCUAGCACCCACCGGCGAGCUGUACGCAGACCUCACAGCCACUGGCAACAAUGCGCAAGCGUGUGGCACCGAUACCUGCAGCGCCACAUCGCGACCACUUCCAGAGUCAUGUUGGUGAUGUUUGUGCACGCACACAACUGCCAGACACAGCAUACGUGCACGGCCCAGCAGAUGAUGUUGGUGGUUAUAACAAGGUGGCACUGCUAGUGCCCGUUUGUUGAGUUGGUAAAGGCAGCCAAUAUAAGUGGCUCUUCCAACUAAACACCACUGGCUUGUUUGCUUGCACAGAAAUUUUGCACAGAAGCUGGACUCUGUGGUGGGCUUUAUAAAAUGCCGCACUCGGAUGUACUACUUUCCACAUUCAUCUAGAAAAAAAUAUAAAGGAUACAUCGUGUGCAGUGAUGCUGGAUGCGAAAAGUCGUUUUUGCAGCGCGAGGAAAGGUGGCAUGGUCUGUACUAAGGAGGCGCAGUGUGUACCACUUAAGUGACAGGAAACAAAGCAGUUUCGCUCUCCAGGUGACAGAUGGCUCCACCGAGCCCCCUCCCCCCCCCCCUUUUUCUUUAAAUAUGCAUUGUUUAUUUUGUCUGGCAUCAUCAUAGACAAUCUGUACUUCUGAUCUUUUCUUGCUGAAACAAAAAUGUGUUCAUGCAUGGUAAUAAACAAAGCCCACCUUCAAGUUCGAUUUCUGCACGAAAUGUGAUUGCAAGCAAGCCACUGAUUCAGAUGGAAGAAAGGUAUAUAAGGCUCCUUUAUCAACACAACCUUCUGUGGCACUCAAAGCCACGCAUUCGAGUGUUGGUGCCAACAUUUGGGGCUCUUCACGAUCAGCAAAGUUGUACAGACAUAGGAACAGUUGACUACACUGUAAAAUGCAGAUUGUUUUAUUUUUUGUGAUUCUUUAUUUGCCUGGUGCAGGCAUUCUAAUUUAUGUGCAAAUAGUUUGACCUGACCAUGAUGCAUGUACUCUUGAUUAGUUCAAAUGGCAGUGAAUGCCUUGAAACUGUAAGAGCCAACAUGUAUGUACUUUUCGUGGGUGCUUGUCAAGUGAUGACUGCUGGAUGUGCCUUAUGGAGCGAAUAUUUGUCACUCUGGGAGCAUUUCUUACUGUGUGUCCCUUUGAUGCGGUCGGGCGUUUCUGUGUUUUAUUAACUGUCUUAUUUUGUGUACAGAAGCAACUGUUUUGUAAGCAGAGAUGCCUUUUUUGUUGAUUAGCUAAACAGCUUUACUACUGCAUCAUGCUACAUCAGCAGCAGAAGUCGCAUUUUAGCCAUUGUUGAAGGCAACUCGUCUAUAUGUGAAGCCUUGUUCAUAUGCAAAAUAAAUGUUUGUGCUGCGACUGCUAA